AUGCGGUGGAUGCGAGCCCCGCCCGGCACCGGCGGCGACAGCGACGCCGAGAUAGGCAUCCGCCGCUGCGGCUCCGAGGCGGAGAUGCGGCCUGGCCGGCGGCAGCCUCCGCCGCUCCCGCUGGCGUCGCCGCGGAGCGAGAAGGUGAAGAAGCUCCGCCGUCCGGCCAAGUCAACGCCGCGCUACUCGUGCGCCCUCGGCGCGCGCGAGCUGAUGGCGGUGCUCGCUGUCGUCGGGCCGGUCGGCACGCUGCUCUCGCUCUGGGUGCUUCCGGUGGCGCCGCGGCACGACGACGGCGGCGGCGGCCUGUGGCACUCGUCGGAGAGCCAUCCGGCCGGCAGCCGCGUCAUCCACCUCUCCCUCCUCGGCGGCCACCGCAAGGCUCGCUUUGUCCUGCGCGCGUCGGACGACUGGAACAUGUUUACGUUUGGCAUCCAGGAGCGGCUGCAGAUCGGGUCGAUCCAAAAGAUCGAGACACUGGCGGGCGAGAGCAUCGUGUCGGUGGAGGACCUCGUCAACGACGACGCCCUCCUCAUCUACUCGGACGAGAAGCCACGCCCGCGCCCGUCCCGGCCGCGCGGAGACAGAUUCAACCCCAGAGACGGCAGAGCCUCGCCGUGGGAAAAGCUCAGCAGCAGAGCGCAGCGCGUGUUCCACGACGAGCACAGCGCGGGCAGCGGUGGGCAGCACGGCUCGCUGCCCGCGCACAGCGCGGCAGGGCGGGUCCCGCGGGGCAUGCCCUGCGGCGAGCGACACCCCGACUUUCGGCUCGCGCUGCUGCUGCCGUGGGCGAGAGCAUGCGCCGUCUUCAGCAAGUACCUCAACGGCUACAGCCACUGGGGGUACUGCGACCUCGACAUGGUGGUCGGCAACUUGCCGCUCUUCGUGUCGAGAGCGGAGCUCGAGCAGCACGACAUCGUCACCUACUCGUUUGGCGACCAGGAGGCGCUGUACUUGCGCGGCCAGUGGACGGUACACCGGAACGAGCCGCGAGUGAGCUCCGUGUGGCAGCGGUGCGACCACAUCGCGGGCCAGCUGCAGAAGGAGCUGCUCCUCAAGGUGGCGUGGGCCGUCUCGCGGGGCGACUUGCGCAUCGCUAUGGUGCACAAGCAGGCGGUCGGCCUGACCGCGUCCGGCGAGCCGGAGGCCGCCAUCUACGCGGUGGACGGCGCGGCGCGUCACUCCUCCGCGGGCGGCUGCCAGCUCUCUUUGCCGGGGCCGCAUUUGCCGGUCGGCGAGCGGAGACCUCUCCGGAUGGACGCCGAAGGGUGUGGCCGGUGGAUGCCGGUCGAGUUUCGCAUGUGUGCGCCGGAGCUGCUCGAAGACGGCGACGAGGCCGCCCGCGCCACCACGACCACCUUUGACGUCGCCGAUGGCAGGUUCUACGGGCAGCGCGUCGCGCCGGCGGCCGGCACGACGCUGCCCAACGGCUGCGCGCAGCUGGCCUUCUUCCACUUUCAGGAGUGGAAGAAGAAUUGGGAGGGCAGCGGCGCCACCACCAUCGGCAUAGAGCCGCUCAUGGCGCCCGCCAGAGCCGGGGCCGCGCCGCGCUUCUCGGCGCGCCCGCGCAACUUUACGGUCACCUCAGAGGGGAUUGCGCUGCUGGCCGCCGGAAGAAUACACCACGGCGGCCGAGCGAGAACAGGCGGGUGA